AAUGGCUUUGCUAUGAACAAUUUGACACAAGGAGGGAGGGCAAGAGAGAGUAACAAAGAGAGUUAUGACAGGAAAUCACGCUGAGGAUGUAGCCCCUCAAUCCAAGCUCACAGAUGACAUGCAUGACCACAAGAAUCACUCCAGCUUCUCCAUUCAAGGAGAAGUGGAAGAAAAUGAUUGUCCGAUUGAGGAAGUUAGGCUGACAGUUCCGAUCACUGAUGAUCCAUCGGAGGCGGCACUGACAUUCCGAACAUGGUUUUUGGGGCUGGUUUCAUGUUGUCUUCUGGCAUUUGUGAACCAAUUUUUUGGGUAUCGUCAAAACCAACUUUAUAUUUCAUCUGUAUCAGCUCAAAUUGUGGCUUUGCCUCUUGGAAAGUUGAUGGCAACAACUCUUCCAACCAAAGUUUUCAAGCUACCCAUCUUUAAUUGGUCAUUCUCUUUGAAUCCUGGCCCUUUCACCUUGAAAGAACAUGUUCUCAUUACCAUUUUCGCCAAUUGUGGAUCUAGCAGUGUUUAUGCUGUUAACAUUAUCACUAUUGUUAAGGCAUUCUACCAUAGAAAUCUUCAUCCUGCUGCUGCUCUGAUGCUUUCUAUGACUACUCAGAUGCUUGGCUAUGGAUGGGCUGGAAUAUUUAGAAAAUUCCUUGUGGAUUCUCCAUACAUGUGGUGGCCAGCAAAUUUGGUUCAGGUUUCUCUUUUCAGGGCAUUGCAUGAGAAAGAGAAGAGGCCAAGAGGAGGACAUACAAGGCUCCAAUUUUUCCUCUUAAUUUUUAUCUCAAGCUUUUCUUACUACCUUAUCCCUAGCUAUCUCUUCCCCUCCAUUUCUUGUAUCUCUAUUGCUUGUCUCAUUUGGAAAGACUCCAUCGUUGCUCAACAGAUAGGUUCAGGUUUCUACGGUCUCGGUAUCGGCUCGUUUGGUAUCGACUGGUCAACAGUUGCUGCCUUCUUGGGCAGUCCAUUGGCCACUCCUGGCUUUGCCAUUCUCAAUAUCUUAGUUGGGUUUUUCUUAAUUGUUUAUGUUAUGCUUCCCAUUGCAUAUUGGUCUAACGUCUAUGAAGCCAAGCGUUUUCCCUUCAUUUCUUCUCACACUUUUGACUCCUUAGGCAAUCCCUACAACAUUUCUAGAGUUCUUAACAGCAAAACCUUUGAUCUUGAUCAAGUUGGCUAUGAAAGCUAUAGCAAACUUUACUUGAGUGUCUUCUUCGCCUUUUCUUAUGGCUUGAGUUUCGCUACUUUGACCGCAACUAUUUCCCAUGUUGCUCUCUUCCAUGGAAAAACAAUUUGGCAACUAUGGAAGAAAACCACGACGGCGAUGAAUCAAAUUGGAGAUGUGCAUACAAGGAUAAUGAAAAAGAACUAUAAAGAAGUGCCUCAAUGGUGGUUUCACAUUAUCUUGAUUGCAAUGGUUGCUCUAGCGUUGUAUGCUUGUGAAGGUUUUGACAAACAACUCCAAUUACCAUGGUGGGGAAUAUUACUUGCUUGUGCAAUCGCACUCUUCUUCACUCUGCCUAUUGGAAUCAUUCAAGCCACAACAAAUAUGCAACCAGGAUUAAAUGUCAUAACAGAGUUGAUCAUAGGUUAUAUUUAUCCAGGAAAGCCUCUUGCAAAUGUGGCUUUCAAAACUUAUGGUUAUAUUAGCAUGGCACAAGCUCUUAGCUUUGUUGGUGAUUUCAAAUUAGGACAUUACAUGAAGAUCCCACCAAGAUCCAUGUUCACUGUUCAGCUUGUAGGAACGGUUGUAUCGUCGAGUGUCUACUUUGGCACGGCAUGGUGGCUUCUAACAACCAUACCAAACAUUUGCGACACAAACGUAUUACCAGAAGGAAGUCCAUGGACAUGUCCAGGCGACGACGUAUUCUACAAUGCAUCAAUAAUAUGGGGUGUAGUAGGACCAUUACGAAUGUUCACGAAAUACGGCGUCUACGGACAAAUGAACUGGUUCUUCCUGAUCGGAUUACUGGCCCCGUUACCAAUUUGGUUACUCUCUCUCAAAUUCCCAGAAAAGAAAUGGAUUAAACUCAUAAACAUGCCAAUCAUAAUAGGAGCAACAGGAGGAAUGCCACCAGCAAGAGCAGUGAACUACAUAACAUGGGGAAUAGUUGGAAUAUUCUUCAAUUUCUAUGUGUACAAGAAAUACAAAGGAUGGUGGGCAAGACAUAACUAUAUCUUAUCAGCAGCAUUAGAUGCUGGGGUUGCAUUUAUGGGGAUUGUUAUAUAUUUUACACUACAAUCGAAGGAUAUUUUUGGACCUGAUUGGUGGGGUUUAGGAGCUGAUGAUCAUUGUACUUUGGCUAAGUGCCCUACAGCACCUGGGGUUGUGGCCAAGGGAUGCCCUGUUCUUUAAGGGCGUAACAGCACAUUAUUAUAAUUUAAACAUAUUUAAGUUUACUGACCUUAAUCUGCUAACAAUAUAGAACCUUCUAAUUAUUAUGUCAAAUCCAAACUUGUACAGUUUAUGUUUAGUUUUAAGGAUCAUAUAUAAUCUAUGUAUGUAAUAAGCUAUUAGUUGUUGUUUUUUAAAUUAAACUUGGACUUGUGUAUUUGUUUCAAAGUGCAAUAGAAGACUCAUUUGGUUGAUUUGUA